AUGUCGGGCACAGAAAGCGCACAGGCAAAUGCAGGAGGCUUCGAUCUCCUUCGGCGAGCUACGCAGGCAAUGAUGUCAAGCACGGGCUUGCUGCUAUGCUCGCUACACACCGGGUAUUACUGGGUCAUCUCCUGCACUGGAAGUAUCUCCCCUCUCGUCGUUGCCCGUCACCUCAACCCAGCGCACAUGAAGUACUUGGACCAGGAUACACUGGAAGCCGGAUCCCUGAGACACACAUCAGAGCUCGCAGGAAGGAAUAUCCAGAAUCCACCCCCUACCGCACCGCCUGCAUUGUUGCUGAGGAGCAGCAACAUGGACCUUGGUGGCGUUUCCAGGCCACCGCUUGGAAAAGAUGGAUCAACCACG